UGGGGUUCUCUACUAAACGGACGAGUUGUCAGCGGUGCCUUAUAUUAACAUUUCUAUUUAUACUAUAAAAUACACCUAAUUAUGUGGUUUCUAGGUAAGCAUAGCACUUUGAGUCGUGCAUUGGCAUACAAUAAACUUUAAUAUGAGGUCAUUGUAAAUAUGGGGUCAUUAAAAUGAAUAAUUAAACAACUAGACGUGUUUAUCCACCAUGUUUACUAUGCUUUAGAAAUGAUAGCGACAACAGCUCAGUGAUCAUCAGUUAAAGCUGAAUGAAAAAAAAAUCAUCAGUUCCUCGUAGCUGCUAUCCAAGACCACGUAUACGGAGCCAGCGAGAUGCCUUUGGCCAAAGACCUCCUCCAUCCUUCUGUUGAACUUGAGAGAAGACAGCACAAAAAGAAAAGACUUGUUCAGAGUCCUAACUCCUAUUUCAUGGAUGUGAAGUGCCCAGGCUGCUACAAGAUCACUACCGUGUUCAGCCAUGCCCAGACAGUGGUUCUGUGUGUGGGAUGCUCCACAGUGCUAUGUCAGCCUAAAGGAGGAAAGGCAAGACUUACAGAAGGUUGUUCUUUCAGAAGGAAGCAACACUAAAGAAGGGCACUUAGAAAAAUGAUUAAAUCACUGGUUGAGGGAUGUCACUAUGCAGAUGACACAAAAAUCAUAUUUACAAGGCAAUAAAAUGUGAAACGUUGAAGCA